AUGAGUAAGCGAGAAGGCGGAUCGAUGCGGGACAAUGGCGGGGCUAAUCCAUGGGCGUGGAUCCGCGCGGCAAUUGGCGCGUUGGGAGAAGUCGUGGAUGAAGAAUAUGUCGAAGAAAGAGAAUGUCCAUCAGACAACGAAGGGUCUACCCUAUCAUCCAGCUGUUCGCACAUUUCCGAGCGUCUCUGCGACGGGUAUCCGUAUCACGACUACCUCUACGAAUACAAAACGGAGCCAGAUUCUGACGUGGUCGAUCAAAGGCCGCAUCCAAAAGCAUCCGACGUUCUUGGAAUCAAGAUCGAACCUGGCUUGAGCUAUUCCGAAAAAGAGAAAAUGUACCACAAGCUGAUUCGAAUCCGCGGUAUGGGGCCCGUCUACCCGCCGAAUUUGACGAAAUUGCAGCGGCAUACGCGCACGGUCGAGCAUCAAUUGCUGGUUGAUGAUUUGCUCGAAGAGUUGCAGUUCAAAGCGCCCUUUCGGGAAACAGACGCGAAUAGACGAAAAUGUAGGGAAUACAAGGCUAUCGUAGAAAAGAUUUAUCAAAAGGAACGCGCUUCUGCAGCUCCUAUUCCCGACUUGAGCCUCAAAUCCGAUUCCGAUGAUGAAGACAGCCAAACUCCCUCCUCUUCUCAAUCCAUUCCUUCAUCCUCCACUGCCGCCAAUUCCAAAUCUCGGCCCAAGAAUCUCCUUCCGCCUCGUUCCUCCACGAUUGUCGUUCCCGGUCCGCCAGUCCCAGUCAUGCUUCCGAACGGUUUCGCCCCGCGAUUUGAAGAAACGCGACUUCAAUACGCACCCGAGAUGGCUCCAAAGACAGUGACGCGGACAAUCUACGAAUGCACAAUCUGCACUCGCCAAUUCAACUCAUUGACGCAGCUCAACUUGCACCUUCGAAAGCACCCGAAGAAAUGCAACAAAUGCGGACUCAAAUUCAAGCGCUUUGACGAGGUUCAGAAACACGCGCCUUACUGUAUGCGGGCUAAUGGAUUAAUUGUUAUUCCUCGACGAAAAUUGAAAGAAAAGCCCAAACCGCCUCCUCGACCGAUCAGAUGGAGAGUCUGCAUCCUUUGCGAGGAAAAGUUCUUGACGGACAAGCGACUCUACUGGCACCAAGUAAAGCGAUGCGAGAAACGAUACGUCUCCGACUCCUGGGUCGUCAAGAUCUAA